GGUUAAUGUAAAAUAAAAAGUCUGUUUGCUUGAUUAUGUUAUUCCUUCAUGGCCUACUUAACUCGAUUUAUUACCUAUAAAUCUAUUUAACUUUCAAGAAAAGGCAAAUAACUCAUGCUGUGGACAGACAGCUGCACUUUUGAAUACUUCGCAAAACAGAAAACAUUAUGUUUGCAGCUGUAAAGUAUAUUGGAAUAGACUAUUAUUAUGAGAAAGUGGCUAGGGAGAGGCUUUCCUUUGAGUGCUUGGCUAUUCACAUCCCUUCCUGUUUAUACCAGGAUAAAAAUUAUUAUCAUGAUGGAAGAUUUGCUGAUGAUAAAUAUAGGAAACCCUGGACAAGAGUUUCUAUUGAUUCCACUCAGAUGACAUUUUCUAUGCUUGAUCUCUGGAAGAAGAGUCUUUACAUAGAUGAUUUCUUGGAGAGGAAACCCAUUUCAAGCACUUGCUUCUAUAUUCAUAAUGAAGAAGUUGAAAUUGUUCCAAGUUCAAAUCCCUGUUCACCGUUUGAUAUAGAAGAGGCUUAUAUGCUUAAAAAGGAAAGUGAGAAGAAAGAACCUAUUUCUGACAAUGAUUUGCAGUCUAGUUCUGCUCCAGAAGUAGUUAAAGAGCAAGAAAAAGGUUUAUAUAUUGAAGAUGAACUUAUUUUUACUGACUAUUUGGUGCAAUAUGCUAACUGGCUACCGACUCUCCAAACACUCUUAAGCCGCCUAAACAUUUUCUAUGUGGAGGACCCUCUUUUAAAUUCUGAAGGUGACCGUAUCACAGAAGAAGACAUCUUCAGGGAGUGCUUAACAUUCAAAAGGACUGUGACACUACUUUUCGCAGAAGAGUCACAUGAAGAUUUUUGCAAAGUAUCUUUAAAGGAUGAGAAGGCCCCUGUACUUGCUAUUCAGUUGCCAUUCUACAAAACAGCAGACCUCAGAUUGUGCAGUGAGAUUCCCACAUAUUUGGCGCUGAAAAAUUUAUAUCAAGUAACUCCAGAAGUUACAGGAGAUGAAAAUGAAUGUCUCAGAAUAACCAGUGAAGACUUUGAAGGAAAAAUUACACCAGAGACAAUGGAGAUGUCUAACUGUUGUUCCAUAUUGGAUAUUUAUGCCAAUAAGAAUAGAAGUUUACUAGACUUCAGAGAGCCAGAAGCAAGUUAUACUUCAUUCCAUCCUGCCGAACUGGAGUUACCACUGACUCCUCCAAGUAGAACAGAGAAGUUUCAUGUUAAUUUACUGUGCACGCAACUACAACAAGAACCAGUUUCACCCUUUGGUAACAGUGAUUUAAUUCCAGAAUCCACUACUGAAUGCUUAGAAAACCGGAUGUGGCAAUCAGAGAAAUACCAACAUCCUCUGAAUUCCCUUUUACUUACAGACCAACAGAAUGUUGUACCUCUGUGUCAACAACUUCCAGUUACUGAACUGAAAACACUGCUGUCUGUACAUGAAGACACCUUGGUAUUUAGCUCCUUGGAAGAAGAUGGAUGGAUUAAUUUAAGGGAGAAAAUGGCUUCACCGUGUAUUUUGGAAGCCUUCUGCACAGAUUUAAGUGAUGGAGUAAUUGCUUGUACUGAGGGGGAAGUAUUCUCAAAAUUUACUGAAUUUCAGUUAGACAAAUGUCUUGAAGAGAAUAUUUCCUUGGCUAAAACUACAGUGGAGUCUUUUCGUGUUGCUGAAAGUAGUAGAACAAAGGAUUCCUGUUGGUCUCCUCCGAAGAAAGAAACAUUUUCGUCAUUUCGCUUGGAGCCCACAUCAAUACAGUAUGAUAGAGCUACAGAAGAUGAGAGUACACCUACUGAAAAUCAUAUUGAGGAAACCAAAUUAGGGAGAGAAAUAAGAAAACCUUUAUCAUUUGGAAGUCAAAAAGAAGAUAAAAAUGAUGAGUUCCAACUAAUCAGUCUUAACAAUGUGUCUGUUGGACCUGACAGCGUCCCACAGAACAAAAGGCCUGUUCCCCUUGAGCUGCCUAGGAAAAGUCAAGAUGAUUUUGAUUUUUUAAGCAACUUUAUCAUGCUGAGAUCAAAACAUGUGAUCACCCAGAGUGAGGAAACAAACAAUGUGGAUAUUCAAGAAGAAGGUCCAAAUGCUAAGGAGGAGAGCCCAGCACCUGAAAAGCAUGAUAGUCCUAUCAUCCUUAAUACUACAGUCCCUAUAGAAAAGCAAAGCAAAGAAAAUGAAGCAGCAGCUUCCAUUGAAAUUAAACCAUCAGAGAGCCAAUUUCAGGCAUAUCUUAUCCUUGAAGUAGCAGUGGCUCCAUUUUUACAAGACCUCAUGACUCUUGGCAUGUGUAAUUGGAAGUUUGCCACCCUUAAUUUUGAUGACUCCAGAUUUUUUUUAAAACAGCAAGAGAAAGUGAUGAAGGAUACUUUUAAAGAAGGUGUAACUGGCUUGAAAACUGGGUAUUUGCUUACAGAGAAAAGAGGAACUUUGUUAGAGAGCAAAAAUGUCAUAAGUAGUUUACAAAGAUAUUCUUGUGUUGUUGUACGUAAUCAGCAUAUUGGACCUGAUUUUCCCUGGACUCAUUUUUCACUAAUGGUGGAGUAUAACUAUUCAGAAAAUUCCUGUUGGGUGGAUCUUUGCAAAAAAUUGAACAUUUCUUAUAUAACUUUCAAAACAGCUCUCCCAGAAGCAGCUGGAAUUGAUGAGGGUUUCCCAGAUAAUUUGGGGGGUGUCCUUUCCAAUGUGCCAAUCCCCUAUGUUUUUCUGACAUCUGAGGGACUCAUCAACACCCCAGAAAUCCUGCAGUUACUGGAAUCCAAGUACAACAUUACAUUUAUUGAACGAAGCUGCUGUGAGGCAUUACAGUUCUUUGGAAGUACAGAGCGCUAUGUUGUGAUGACCAUAGAUGAAUGUACUGCCCUUGUUAUGCAGAAUGUGGAAGAACUCAGUUAUGAAAAGUCAUCUGAUAAUAUUGUAUUAAGACUGAUGGUGCUAUCCCUCCAGUAUAGUUCCUGUUGGAUUCUUUUAUACUCCAGAGAAAGACUGAAUUUUCAGUAUAGUCUGGGUGGAAAGACUCUGCAUCACCUUGCCUUAAUUUAUGCAGCCUUGGUUCCAUUUGCCCAGAAGUCAGAAGACUUUGAUGUGAAGGUGGCUCUUACACCAGGAAUUGAAGAGACAGCAUUUUUGGUUCGUCAGAUUGCUGAUCACACUCUGUUGACAUCUAAAAAAUAUCCUCAGGAGUGGCUGGACAAAGCCUGGCUUUCUGUCUUACCAUCAGAGGCAGAGAAAUGCUUGCUUACAUUUCCAUGCAUCCAUCCUCUGGUGGCUCAAGUGAUGUUAAAGAAAAGUUCUUCACUGGAGUGGCUUUUGUCGGCAACUUUUGCCCAGCUUCAGCAACUUUUGCCAGAGGUGCCAGAAAAAGUCUUGAAGCAUUUUACUGACAUCACAUCACUGUACAACUUAAAACCACUGCCAAAGUCAAAACCCAUAAAGCAACCUAUGCCUCCUGAAGGAGAAACAAACUCUACCAUCAACUCCAGUUGUCAACUCCUUAAUUCAGAGGUGUUGUUGUCUAGCUUCCCAGAAUGUAAUCCCUUUAAUGAAUAUUCAGGAUUCUCUCCUGAAGUACAGAAAAGCAAAAGCUGUUCUCUAGAUUACUACCAAAAUGAGUUUUGUACUCCACUGAAAUCAACAUUAAGAAACAACUUAACGGCCCCUGCCAUAUCAUACAAAGAAGAGAGGCAUCAGUGUCUCCCAUUUUUGAAAAAGAUGGAAACAGAAAGAAGAGUACAUUCAUCACUUGCACUGAACAAUCUUGAAGAACCUAAGCACAUCUGCUGUGAAGCCUCCAUGCCAUACUUAAGCUACAGUCAAAGUGGCACUAAUACUUACCUUGAAAAUUACACGCAAAAUAGAAUGUUUCUUUCAAAGGUGUCAGGAGGCCAAAAGCUAGAGAUUCCAGUCUUGUCAAAGAAUCCUGUCCAUCAAGAUGUUAAAAAUGUAUGCGAAAUCAAAAAGCAGCCUCCUGUGAAGCAGCGACACUCUGCUCAGGAUUUCAGAUAUUCUUGGUGCCUUGACUUUAAUAAAGGUCGUCCAUUCCAGCAGAGCUCUGACCAUUUUCUAGGAGAAUUUGAAGGGAUUGCAUAUUGCAGUCCAGAGCUUCAGUCUGAGAAGAAAUUGGGGGAUAAGCACCCUUUCCUACAAGCAGCGGGUUCAUCUUUCCAUAGUGCAAAUUUCUACAAAACCAUAUCAAACACAGAUGGAUUCUUCAACCCGAACUUUCAAAUAACUGGAGACUAUGCAGCAAAGAAAGGCCCCAAUUUAUCAUAUAAUCUAAGAGAGCAAGAUGCUUCAGCAGGUUUAGAAUUUGCCCAGUUACCACAGCUGAAAAAACGUCGUCUAACAUUUGAAAAAGACCCUGCAAGAAGUGAUGGUCAAACACGUCUUAAAUUCUUUUAAAAGAAAUGCAAACUAAUUGUUAGAUAGCUGUUUAAAUUUUAAAUCUGUUUAGAUGUUUAAGCCUUCAGAUAUCAGUUUAGACAAUUCUAUACUAAUUUUAUAAUCAAUUCAUUUUGAUUAUAACUGUGUCUCAUUUUAAUGCAUUUUAAAAAUAUUUUCUUAUAUAUACUCAUGUUUGGACUUUCUUGAGUUCU